UAGCCUUUGGGCUUUCAACGAACUAAACCACCUACCAUGAAAGCACCAAUCUUGAAAACUUGCCACCACAACCACCACCAUUCUCUGUUUCACCAUGCAUUUCCACUCUCUGCAACUCCCAUGCAUUCUCUUCCUCUUCCUCUUCACCAACCUCAUUCCCCUCUCACUCUCACUCUCUGUCCCUUCAGAAAACGUCACACUCUUCGGUGACGCCUUCUACACCGACACCGCCAUUAGUCUCACCAACCAACUCACCUGCCAUUCUUCUCCUUCUUCCUCCUCCUCUUCUGGAAUCGGAAGAGCUUUCUACGCAUACCCAGUUCGUUUUCUUGAUCCUUUCACAAACUCCACCGCUUCUUUCUCAUGCCGCUUCACCUUCUCCAUCAUCUCCUCAUCUUCUUGCCCCUCCGGCGACGGCAUUGCCUUCAUCAUAGCAGCAAACACUGACUUCCGAAGCCUCUCUCGUGGGUACUUGGGUCUUCCUGGACCGGUUCUGAACCAGAGAGAUUCAUAUUUUGCAGUGGAGUUUGACACCAAUCUUGAUCCUUCUCUUGGUGACAUCAAUGGGAACCAUAUUGGAGUUGAUGUUGGAAGUGCUGUUUCUUUUGCUUCUGUGGAUGCUCUGUCUCGUGGGGUUGAUCUGAAGAGUGGGAAGUUGAUCACUGCGUGGAUUGAGUACAGGGAUUCCAUGAAGAUGGUUCGUGUGUGGGUUGGUUACUCUUCAACUAGGCCUCCAACUCCGAUUCUCGCUUCACAGAUUGACCUUUCUCAGAGAUUCAAGGAUUUCAUGCAUGUGGGGUUCUCUGCUUCUAAUGGGCAGGGCUCAAGUAUUCACCUAGUUCAUCAUUGGCAGUUCAAGACUCUGAGUUACUCCAAUUCUGUGAGUCCUAUGGAGAAUGUAGAAGAAGGGGACUGUUUCUUGUGUUAUCCAGGGGAUUCAGAUUCAACCACAGCCACCAAGAACAACAAUGGUGGAGAUAACAGGAGGAAAAGGAUUGAGGAGGUUGCUCUUGGAUUGGUUGGCAUAGCAGCAUUUGUGGUGUCAGUUUUGGCAGUGGUGACUGUUAUCUGGGUGACAAAGAAAAAGGGUUUUGUUAGAAAGGGAAGAAGGGAAAGCCAGAGUUGUAGAUUUCAGACAGAUAACAAGGUGCCUAUGAGAUUGUCACUUUCAGAGAUCAAAUCAGCAACAAUGGGGUUCAAUCGAGAUAGGCUUGUUGGGGAAGGUGCAUCAGCAAAGGUUUAUAAAGGGUUUCUUCCAUAUGGAGGGGAUGUGGCUGUGAAAAGGUUUGAGAGAGCUGAUGAUUUAGACUGUAUGCAUAACCCUUUUGCUACUGAGUUUGCUACAAUGGUUGGUUACUUGAGGCACAAAAACUUGGUUCAGCUUAAGGGAUGGUGCUGUGAGGGGAAUGAGUUGGUUCUGGUUUAUGAGUACCUACCCAAUGGAAGCCUAAACAAAGUUCUGCAUAGGAAUUUCAAUUCUUCAAUUGUCCUUUCAUGGGAGCAAAGAGUUAACAUAGUUCUUGGGGUUGCUUCUGCUCUUACCUAUCUUCAUGAGGAAUGUGAGAGGCAAAUCAUUCAUAGGGAUGUGAAGACAUGUAACAUAUUGCUUGAUGCAGAUUUCACUGCCAAGCUUGGGGAUUUUGGGCUUGCAGAAGUGUAUGAGCAUAGUUGCAGCACAAGGGAUGCUACUGUGCCAGCAGGAACAAUGGGGUACCUUGCUCCUGAGUAUGUUUACUCUGGGGUUCCUACUGUGAAGACUGAUGUAUACAGCUUUGGGGUAGUGAUGAUUGAAGUGGCCACUGGGAGGAAGCCUGUGGAAGACGAUGGCACUGUGGUGGCUGAUUAUGUUUGGAAACUGUGGGAGAAGACCAAGCUCAUUGAGGGUGCUGAUCCAAGACUGAUGGGGAAGUUUGAUGAACUAGAGAUGGAAAUGAUGCUACUGGUGGGGCUUCUUUGUGUGCACCCUGACUGUGAAAAGAGGCCAACAGUGAGAGAAGCAACUAGGAUUCUUAAGAAAGAAGCACCUCUUCCAGUGUUGCCUCAUAAGAAACCAAGGGUGAGAAUUAGGCCUAUUUGUCCAAGUGUUAUAAGUGAAACACAAAGUGUUGCUGGGGAUUGGAUUAGUACAGAUGAUGCUCCAUACUUGACUCCUAGAAGCCAGUUUUACUAGAAUUUGUAGAUUGAAGUACAGAUUAUUUUAGAUUCUUAGUUUGUGACUUUGUGAGAAAAUAGUGUCAGGAAUGUGAAUAAUAAUUGGGUCUUGUAAUGCUUUCAACCAUUAGGAGAAGUGGUUGUUUUCUUGUUUAAUGACAAUAUCUGAUUGAAA